UUCCGCUUCGACUGCUGAUGGCUAACUUUACGCAGAGUGUUUAAAAGCUUGGGGCGUGUGCUGACCGCAGGUCAUUUCCAAACUUGGAGGUUCGUUGUUGUGUCUUAGAAACAUUCGUCAGCAGUAAUCAUGGUUCGCCAAGUGAAAAAUCUGGAAGAGUUCAAUAAAAUCCUGUCGGAAGCUGGAAACAGCCUGGUGGUGGUGGACUUCACAGCCACUUGGUGUGGCCCCUGCCGAAUGAUUGCCCCAGUGUAUGAGCAAAUGGCUGCGGCGCCUGAAAAUGCCAAUGUGAUUUUCCUGAAGGUGGACGUGGAUGCUGCCCGUGAUGUGUCCUCAUCCUGUGGAAUCAGAUCCAUGCCCACAUUCCAAUUUUACAAGAAUGGCCAAAAGGUCCACGAGUUCUCCGGAGCUGAUCAAGCUAAACUACGUCAAAAAGUGGAAGAGCUGAGAUAAGAAGUCCAGUCAACACACGGCCAUGUUGCAAAAAAUAAAAAUGCCUCACAUUAUCAUCUGUACAUGAUUCAUGAGCAGGCAAUAAUAUAUCUACAUAUCCUUUAAUAUUGACAUAGCUUCCUUGUCUUAACAAAAUAUGACGCUGAUAACUUUUAACUCUGUUUUUGUGUUCAACAAAGUAUACACAAUAAAUGGAUUACAUCAAA